AUGGAAAGUGGUGAUAAAAGAAGGACGACGGAAGAGGAAGAAAAAAAAAAGGAUGGGGAUUUGAUGUUGAGGAUGCAGAAGAGAUGGAAUGAUCAGACGGUCCUUGCAAUCUUCGCCUCUUAUCUCAGGAACACACACAUGUACAAAUGGCCAUCGAUGAAGGAAUCAAUGAAGAAAGGAUUGUUUGCUUGUAAAAGAUACAGCGGUCCUGCACAUAAAUCAUGUUUCAUCGUUUGUUGCGCAACACGCAUGCACCUAGCAGAGACACACGCGCGUGUACGUAGGAGGACUAUUGAGAGGAACAUUACAAAACUCUUCUUAAAAAUAAGAGAUAAGGAGAAAUAA